AUGACAGAUUAAUCAUGUCAAUAAAAAAAAACUGACAGGCAGGCUGCAGUUGGAGUGCAUUUAAUUUUAUUCCAAUUAUUGACUUGAGUGUUAAUUAAAUAAUUAAAUUAAUAUCAAAUUAAUUAUUCAUCUAGCAACAAAGUUAAUCAUUAAUAUCAUCAAUUUAUAAUAAUUAUUAUUUUAUUCCUGGAAUAAUUGUACACGUAUUUAUACACAAUAAAAAAUGACUGGAAAUACUGAUGUUUAUGAUGACUUGUAUUUAUACACAACAAAUGAAAAAUUUUAUGUUGAAGCAACAAAAGUGUUGCUUAUUGUGGAUCGAUUGAGUCAGCAAAUAUUUACUCAAGUUGGAACAGCAAGUCAAAUACCUCAUACAGCAAGUAGACGUAAAAUAUGGGGUAUUGUUGGAACAAUACGUUUAUUAUUAUCAAGAUAUUUUAUUGUUAUAACUGAUGCUGUUAAAAUUGGUACAAUUGCUGGACAUGAAAUAUUUAAAAUAACAUCAACUGAAAUAAUUCCAUAUUCAAAAUCAGAUUUACAUUUAAGUGAAAAACAAAUACAAAAUAAUACAACAUAUUUGGAGAUGAUUAAAUCUGUUUUAAAUACACCAUAUUUUCAUUUUAGUUAUACAUAUGAUUUAAGUCAUACAAUGCAAAGACUUCACAAUACAACACCAGAAUUUUUACAGAUGGCUCUUCAUGAUCGUGCUGAUUCAAGAUUUGUAUGGAAUGCAUAUUUACUUGAAGAUUUAUCAUCAAGACCAGAACAUUCAAAAUUUUGUUUACCAAUAAUCCAUGGUUUUGUGUCGUUGAACACUGUUCAUAUAAAUGGUUUAACAAUAAAUUGGGGUUUAAUAUCACGUCGUAGUGUACAUAGAGCUGGUACACGUUUAUUUUCACGUGGUAUUGAUGGUAAUGGUAAUGUAUCAAAUUACGUUGAGACAGAACAAAUAAUUGAAGUUAAUGGUGAUCGUAGUUCAUUUGUACAAAUACGUGGAUCAAUACCAUUAUACUGGCAACAAGGACCAAAUUUAAAAUACAAACCAAAACCACAAUUAAAUCAAAAUGAAGAUCAUCAAGUAGCAUGCUCACGACAUAUUGAUGCACAAAUAUUUCAUUAUGGUAAACAGAUUUUAAUUAAUUUAAUUGAUCAUCAUGGAGCUGAAGAAAUAUUAGAAAAAUCAUUUCGUGAUGUUAUAUCAAGAAUUGGUAAUCAAAAUGUACGCUAUGAAGCAUUUGAUUUUCAUGCUGAAUGUCGUCAUAUGCGUUGGGAUAGAUUAAAUAUAUUGAUGGAUCGUUUAUCACAUGAUCAAGAACAAAUGGGUUAUUUUUUAUUAUCAAAAGAGGGAUUAUUACUAUCAUCACAAGAUGGAAUAUUUCGUACAAAUUGUAUUGAUUGUCUUGAUAGAACAAAUGUUGUACAAAGUAUGUUAGCUAAAAAAGUAUUGACAAUAACACUUGGUAAACUUGGUGUACUUAGAACACUUGAAGAACAUCCAUCAUUUGAAAAGCUAUUUAAAAAUGUAUGGGCUGAUAAUGCUGAUAUUGUUAGUAUUGAAUAUUCUGGUACUGGUGCAUUGAAAACUGAUUUUACAAGAACUGGUAAACGUACACAAAUUGGAGCAAUUAAAGAUGGUAUUAAUUCAUUAACAAGAUAUUAUAAAAAUAAUUUUGCUGAUGGUUAUCGUCAGGACUCAUUGGAUUUAUUUUUGGGAAGAUAUAUCAUUCAAGAUGGUGAAUGCAUGUCAGUUAAAUGUCCACUUGAAGUUGAAAGAAAUUGGCGUUAUGCAACAUUUCCAUUGGUACUUCUUGUUGCUUCAUCAAUGCUUAUUGCUCAUAUUAUUUUACCAUCAAGAUAUACAACUGAAGUAUUACUUUAUAUGCUUUUUUGGGGUGCAAUGAUUGCUGGUACAUUUGCAACAAUAAUACAUCAUGGUAAACAAUAUGUUGACAAACCAAAAUUGCUAUAGAUAAUAUCACACAAAAAAAUUAUCAAACAGUUUUAAUAAUCAUUCAUAUAUUAUCAACAACAGUCAAUGUAAUUUCUGGUUUUUUUUUUCGGGAAAAUUAUAUUAAUUAUUAUCUAAACAAGGGUAUACUGCAACAGUAGACAUUGUAGAUCCAAUUAAAUGUAUAAUUAGAUAAAAAAAUUUAAUAAUAAAAUAAAAAUAUCAAAUAUUAUUGACAAAAAUUAAAAUUCCUUUUUUUUUUUAAUUAAAAAAUCCAAGAAAAAUGUAUUUAAAUUAAUUAUGGUUAGCUUUAUUAUUGAUAAAAAUAUCAAGACAAUUAAAAAGACAA